AGACGAGUUUUGCGUGUGCCAAUCUACAGAACCCCAAGAGAUAGAAAAAAUCGGUGCCACCUUCCGCCCGCUAAUUCCACUGUGCACCGAACUGUUGCACGAACGGCAUUUCCAUAGACAUUUGAAACAGCAUUUCCACGACUGAUCCCCGAUCUCAUACCUUUGGCCACGCGUGGCGAAGCAAGGGCAAAUUAUAUUACACACUGCGCCACCCACCACGUGUUUGUGAAGCACCUUUUCCGAAGCAAAAAGGGGGUUAAGGAAGUGGGCAUCGUAACGCAACACAGCCAAACGCCGGUAAACAAACAAUGGAGAACGGUACCAACGGAAUGCCGGCCACCCUGAUGGACGGAUAUUCGUGUGAAGAACUGUUCCUAAAAAGCGACGGUCUGACGUACAAUGACUUCAUCAUCCUGCCCGGGUAUAUUGAUUUUACUGCCGACGAGGUGGAUCUGGCUUCACCGUUGACGAAGAAAAUUAUGCUCAAAGCGCCGCUCGUUUCGUCUCCCAUGGAUACGGUCACCGAAGCCGACAUGGCCAUCUCGAUGGCGCUUUGCGGCGGUAUCGGCAUUAUCCAUCAUAACUGCUCGCCCGAGUAUCAGGCAAACGAGGUGCACAAGGUGAAGAAGUACAAGCAUGGCUUCAUCCGUGACCCGCUCGUAAUGGGACCGGAAAACACGGUGGCGGACGUGCUGGAGGCGAAGCGUAUGAACGGAUUCACCGGCUACCCGAUCACCGAGAACGGAAAGCUCGGAACGCGUCUCGUAGGCAUUGUGACAUCGCGCGAUAUCGACUUCCGUGAGCAUGACGUCGAGCUGAAGCUGAAGGACAUUAUGACCAAACUGGACGACAUGAUUACGGCCCCGAACGGGGUGACGCUGCAGGAAGCGAACCACAUCCUCGAGAAGAGCAAGAAGGGAAAACUGCCCAUCGUGAACACGAACGGCGAACUGGUGGCACUGAUCGCCCGGACCGAUCUGAAGAAGGCACGCAGCUACCCGAACGCGUCGAAGGACAGCAACAAACAGUUGCUGGUCGGAGCGGCGAUGGGGACGCGCGACGAAGACAAGUCGCGACUCGAGCUGCUGGUUCACAAUGGCGUGGACGUGAUCGUGCUCGAUUCGUCGCAGGGCAACUCCUCGUAUCAGAUCGAAAUGAUCAAGUUCAUCAAGCAAACCUACCCGACGCUGCAGGUGAUUGCCGGGAAUGUGGUGACACGAUCGCAGGCCUUCAACCUUAUCCAGGCCGGUUGCGAUGCACUGCGCGUGGGCAUGGGUUCGGGUUCGAUCUGCAUCACGCAGGAGGUGAUGGCGUGCGGUUGCCCUCAGGCAACGGCCGUCUACCAGGUCAGCAAGCUGGCUCGCCAGUACGGCGUGCCGGUGAUUGCGGACGGUGGCGUGCAGUCGAUCGGACACAUCAUGAAAGCGCUCGCGUUGGGUGCGUCGGCCGUGAUGAUGGGUUCACUGCUGGCGGGCACUUCGGAAGCGCCGGGCGAGUAUUACUUUAGUGAUGGUGUCCGCCUGAAGAAGUACCGCGGUAUGGGCAGUCUGGAGGCGAUGGAGCGGAAGGAUGGCAAGGGAGCGGCCAGCUCGCGCUACUUUCACACCGAGAUCGAGAAGCUCCGCGUAGCGCAGGGCGUCAGUGGCAGCAUCGUCGACAAGGGUUCGAUACUGCGCUUCGUACCGUAUCUGCAGUGCGGACUGCAACACAGCUGCCAGGACAUUGGCACACGGUCGAUCUCCAAUCUGAGGAAAAUGAUCUACAGCGGAGAGCUGCGGUUCAUGAAGCGUACCCAUUCGGCCCAGCUCGAGGGCAACGUCCAUGGACUGUUCUCGUACGAGAAACGCCUCUUCUGAGAUCAACCGAACGGCCAGGAGCAUUCGUGAGCUGGAAGCUGCUGUUGAUUGCACCAUCAUAACCCGUCGAAAUUCUGUUCCUUUUGUGGUGUGGACCAGGGCAUCUUGUGCGCCCCGAACACCAGGGCACGAACUGGCACAUUGGCACUUAAUUGUUACAAUGGAAAACCCGAUUUUCAAACUAGCAUUAAGCACCUUAGGUUUUUUGGCGGCGACUGUGUAUAACAUCUUGGGCCACUUAAAUCGAAAUGGAAUGGCCUUGUGUGACAGGAAAAUUACUUACUAGUGUCGUAAGCCUCGAUGUAAAGUAAAGAUCAAGGAAAACAUUUUUGUACCUACGUUAGGAGAAACAAUCAAACCGUUUUAGAGCUAUAUUUAUUGGAAGUGUACCAAUAGGAGUCAAAAUUAUGUGCAGCCCGUAAGAUUAUGUGUUCCCCUUGUGCUCCACUUCGUUGUUCCUGCGAACAAGUUACAAAAUCAUGGCCUUAGGCUAAGUGCGUAAAACGGGCCACUUGUGCUAUCUGUUGUGGCGUACCCAACGCUUCGAAAGUUAAUUUUUGCGCAAAGUCAGACUUUAAGAUAAGGAGCCCCUCCGAACCCUCCGACGUUUGAAUGUUGGUGGCUACAUUCCUCUCCACUAGAAAGUGUUGUAUUGUCCAUUAUGCUACUCCAGAACAACAACGCAAAAUCAGUAAAACCGAACCGAUCCCAAAAAGGAAGGAGUCAGUACUGCUUGAUGUUUUUUUUUCUUCUCGUACGCUAAGUAGUUGGUUCGUCCUGGUGUCCGACUUAACUAACCUUAAUGUUGUGCGCUUAACUUAAUUGGCCGGUCCAGGUGCUCUAUCGAAAUAGACAUAAAACACACAUGGCAUAAAAAUACGUCACAAUUUGGCAACAAAAAAAUGAUUUAAACAGGUAUUUUAAAGUAAAUGGAAAGUGCUUGUGUCCCACAUAACGCAAUGAUUGUUAAACAGGUAGCAAU